AAAUAAGCAUUCACUUCGUGUACGAUUCUAUAUUUGAAGAUUUCUUAUAAAUUCUGUCUUGGCAUAUAGGAGCAGCGCUCUUCAAACUUUCUUUGGCUCUGGUGCAGAUUUGCCCAAGUUCGUCCCACGACGCGCCAACAAGCUACGACUCACCUCUUUGUCUUGACGCGCAUCCAGUUUUACCACCUUCGAUAAGAUAGACACCCCAACACAAAGGCCUCACAUCCCCGCAAUCGAUGUUGUUUGACACCGAAACGUCUAUUCUAGAGGCCUAACACUCGUUGACUUAUUCCAAAGAUGAGUGUCUCGGCCGGCCACGACCAAGCACCAGCGGCGUUAGAAACGAGGCUUGCAAAUGGGAGUGACUCGAACCCUCUAGCCCAAAUUCACGAAGCUCUCACUGUCGUCCACAGCCCAUACUCCUCAAACGAAUCUCGGAAACAAGCUUCUGCAUACCUCGAGGGGAUUAAGGCGGACAACGCAGCACCGUACCAUGGAUUUACUCUAGCCAGCGACAAGAACCAAGAGGCGGUUGUCAGCCACUACGCCCUAUCCCUACUCGAGCACGCCAUAAAGCACCGAUGGAGCGAAUAUAACUCAUUCGAGGAAGAGGCCAUGAGGGGGUGGGUCCUGCAGCUAUCCGAGAAUGUCUCGCCGAAAGACCCUCUGUUCAUACGGAACAAAACUGCGGAGCUAUGGGUGGAAGUGGCAAAGAGGAGCUGGGGGUCACAAUGGUUGGAUAUGGAUACGCUCCUGGUGAGCCUGUGGAACGUCCCUGGUUCAGUGGUGCACAAGGAAUUUGUUCUCUUCGUACUGGAAACCCUAUCGGAAGAAGUUUUCAACCGGGAAGAUGGCAUCACGGCUAUGAGAGAGACUGUUCUAAGCAAGGCAUGCGUCGAGAUCUUUACGCCCGCACAAGUUCUCCAAGAGGCAUUCCCAAACCGCCAGGUUGGGGCCAAUGUGCGCUGUGGUGAUGAAGGGUGGCUUGUCAGGCUUGGAGCCUUGUUGGACCAGUGCGUUGAGAACGACGUGGAGAGCAAUGAGCAAUACCGCGGCUGUGCAGUUAAGAUUCUCUCUGUUUACAAAUCAAUAAUGCCAUGGGCUAUUCCGAAGGCCAUUGCAGCUGCUUCAUGCGUGUUUCAUAUCAGCAGAAGUUUGGCUUCACCAAGCGUUGCUGUUCAACAGGCCUCACUUGAAGCAUUACACGCAUUAUACAGCCGCACUCAUUUCACAGACGAGGAGUUUCUUACUCUUGUUAGCCCGAUGUAUACAACUGAGCGGGUUAAUCUCCUCCGCAAAGUCUAUGAAUGGUCAAUAAUCGACCCUAAUGACAUUGAUGACGAGAAAUAUCUGCUCGGGAAGAGAUUCUCAGAGAUGAUGUCUAAAUUGGGAAACUUCAUUGGCCAAAAAAUAUCUUCGAUCCCAGAGGAUUGCGAUCUACCAAAUCUCCUAAACCUUUUCUUUUCCAUUGUACAAAAUCAAAGCUUUGUUGUUGCGAUACCCGUCCUCGUUACUUGGACACAUUUACUUCGUUCUGAAACUAUCGUCGAUUCUCCUACUACAGCGCACCUUAUCGCUCCGCUCCUCGAACUCUGCAGCUCAAGACUUAUCAGAUAUGAGAACCUGCCAGCAGAUUCCGAGGACCCUUCACUUGCGCUCCUCGUGGAGGAUAUCGACACGAUCCCAGAGCGACAUGCCUUCCUUGGAAAUUAUAGGCGUUACAACGUGCAAUGCAUUGAGUUGAUUGUUCGGAGAAAGACAUCUGACGCAAUAUACCAUAUUUUGAGCCAGGUUUGGCACUCAAUUGAGAAUUUAUAUGAUGGGAUCCCACCAUUUUCUAUCGAGUCAUAUUCGAAAAAUUCGCCAGCAAUACUCCGUGUCGAUGCCCAGUUCACAGUCGUCGAAGCAGCACUAAAGGGCUACAUGAAGUGGAGAGAUACCCAUGGCUCGAAUCCGCAAGAGGACGAGCAAAAGCGAGCCAAGAUGGAAGAAGAUUUCCAGGGCUGGUGCGAACGCUUAUUAGGCAUGAGCUUUGAGGACCCAAUCAUUAGAAUGCGAGCUCUACAGCUUGCCGUUUUAUUCUCGACUUCAGCACUAGACAAAAAGCCAAACUUCAUGCUCCAGGUCCUUGAGCACGUACUUAUGACGCGACCCGUUGACCACCCGGAACAUCGAGCUUAUUCAGAUGCAGUCAAGGAAUUGACCAGCGAUUCGAUGCACGAAUUGACAAGACUAGCGACGAAAAUGCCGGACCAUCUCUUGGAAGUUUAUGACCAACUAGAAGCCAAAGUCAGUGAAAUUAUCGCUGCUGGUAAUAUCGAAUCCAGGCAGGAAAUUUCCUACAGAACCUUCUUAUUUAUCAUAAUCCACCGCGCAAAAGGGAUCGAUCCAGCAGUACGACUAGAACGCUUGCAGUCCUUCAUCGUCCCGGUUAAGCAAAUGUGGCAAAAUCCUGCCCUGGAUACGUCGUUGUCGUCCUUUGACGGCUUUUGCGACCUUCUGGGCCUUGGAAAAGUUCGGGAAUAUUUGGUGUCACGACAGGUCCAUAAAAUCCAAGACUGGGGCUCCUCUACCCUCGACGAUGAAGGCAUCGCAAUUCAAACUGAGCUUACUGAACGACUUAAAUCUCUACCUCUGCGUCCUACCAAAUCCUUCUUGGGGUGCUCAACCGACAAAAUAGAAAAGGACACAGAGCCAUACAAUACAACAUGCUCCCUCUGGCAUGACUCGGUUCCUCUUAUGCUUCCCGGCCUAUUGAAAUUCCUUGGCCAUGCACAUGCAUUCCAUAACCCGGCAAACUGGUCUGGUCUUCCUCAGGAGAUGCAGCCCAUUGUAUCUCGAAUAUUGACUGAUCGAUUCUGGCAGUCUGGUAUUUCAGGGGGAAGUAAAGAUGACUUUUAUGCACGUGUGUCUGGAACAAGAACGACGAUGGAGGGAUUCGCAUCUUCUAUCCGCGGGACUGUACGAGCAGUGAGAGAAGCUUGCUACUCUAUCCUUUAUGGUCUCAGUCGCCUCAACGUUCACUUCUAUGGAUUUCAAGAACUCCCGGGCCCGUUGGCAAAUGCCUUAUUCGCAGAUGCUCACUUCCUUUCCUCCCACCAGCUUAUUAACUUGAUGACAUUGGUCCGAUAUAUGGUCGAUGACUGUCCAAUACAGCUGCGAGCUCACUUCGUGCCUCCGAUAUUGGCUACCUGCUUCAGACAGAUGGAUGGCAAGAUAAGCUCUCAGUGGGAGCUACUGGGUCAGAGGCAGCAAACUACUUCUGACGAAGUCGGUUUGACUGAAGAAAUGAAGGAAGAGAGUUUACUUCGCCAGCUUACCUACACAGCGGUGAUGCUAGUGGCCUCUCUCUUUGACCCCCAACGCGCAAAUGAAUCCGAAACCUCUCAGCCCACCACUAACAAGGAAGCAUCAACAUACACGCCAGGUGAAGGCCCAGGCGGCGCCAAGGAGUGGCCAACAAUGCGACGAUUCUGCCUCACCGAAUCAUCCAUUCUCGAAUCCCUAAUGCUCUUCUCCACCCACGCCAUCCGCAUGCGAGACACCCGCUGCUGCGGCGUCGUCCUACGCGUCUUCCGCUCCAUCAUCCCAGCAUUUAGGAACCAUCGCGAUACCGACCCAGCCACAGCAGCCCCGAUCCGCGAGUUCAUUAGCACAGAGGUCCUCCAGGCUUCUAUCACGUCCCUACACGAGCCCUACUUCGUCGAGUUGCAGAAGGAUUUGGCUCAGCUGAUUGCAGCGAUACUGGUCUCCUACUGCGACUUAACCAACACGCCGAAAGCGAUCCUGAUGUCUCUCCCUGGACUACAGGAAACUGCAGUUGACAAGUGCAUCGACUACGUCAACCGCCCAGGGGUGCAGCCUAGGCAGCAACGUGCUAUAGUCCUUGAUCUUCUGCGCGAUCUCAAGGGAGUGAGUAUCAGCGAGCAAGGGCGCAUCUCCAAGACUGCGGCGGUGGUGAGGAAGGAAAGGAGCAAGAUGCAGCAGGAGUUUAUGCAGACGGAGCAGCAGAAGGAGGCGCCGUCGGGGCUUGGAAGGCGGACGCCGGAAUUGGAGGGAUUGGGGGCUUUGUUUAAUAUUUAGGUUGGCUCAUCCUUGAUGAGCGGGGUGAUGUUGGAGUAGCUGUGUAGUUCAACGAUAAUGUUGUGUAAAAUGGAACAGAUACAGCAAAACUUCGUUACGUACUUGAUG